GUAGUUCUCUUGAUUCGGAAGAUAUGCGAUUCAUGUCUGCUUUAAACUUAUAUGCAUAGAGAUCCUGAGAAGUUUGUUGGGUUUUAAGAGUUACCAUUUCAUUAAUUAUUAUACACUGACUGUUUAUAUAUUGUUCAUGUUUAUAUUUUAUUUACUGGCUUUAUUUACCUAAUCAAUUUUCUGUAACAUCAGUUUCCAAAAAUAUAUACUCCAGAUUGUGCCUACAGUCCGUAAUAAGAAUACCGCAGAAGUUAUCGGUUAUUAACAGUUUCAGUAGACUGGUUAGUGAGAAUAAGUGUUCAGUAUAUGUAUCUUACUGAAAUAGCUCGGUUCCUCCUAGACGAAAGGCAUCUUGUCAAACUGGUUGACCACGUGAUGGGCAGGGUACGUAACGAGGUGGGAAUAAAAUAACAGGUGAAUUAAGUUGAGAAAGGCGUUUUCCUUCUUAAUUCGAAAGAUUCAUUCGAGAACAGGGGUGUCAUAAUGUGGGGUUAUUUCGGGCCUUGUGCUGCUUGUGUAUUGAUGGUGCUGCAUAUCACAGCGGCCAGGGUCAUCUGCAGAAGUGAUGUAUUCCUUCCGGAGCAACCUGCCAUGUCCUUCCUAUCCCGAACCCUCCUCUAUAACAAUUGGGACUUUGAGCUAGUAGUGCCCGGCAACCUAGAGAGGGAGUGUAUGGAGGAGGUAUGCACAUACGAAGAAGCACGAGAAAUCUUCAAGGACAAGGCAAAAACGGAUGAUUUUUGGAAAAAGUAUAAGGAUCAACAUGCCUACGCACCUAAACUGGACACAUCAGGCAUGGUGGCUGGGAUUGUUGCUGCGGUGGUGAUAGUGUUUUUUGCGGCUAUACUCAUCUGCUACUGUUCCAGAAGAAGGAACAAGAAUAAGAGGACAGGGCAAAGCGUUCCAGUGACGAUGCCUGCAGAUAUAGUCAUUCCCCCCGAGUCGGUUCCCCUGUCUGGAAUAGGAGCUCCAGGACUGCCAUCUUAUAACGAAGCCAUCAGUCGCACUGGACAGCACGACCUACCACCACCUCCUUACUUGGGGGAUGAUGAACAAGGUGAACCAAACCCCCCUGAUACUGAAAACAACUGAGAAGUUAAGGGUGAACAGAAAUGGUGGAGAAGAUUCUGCAGUGACUCUUGGUUUUUAAAAAUGAUUGAGGCGUAAAAAGAAGCAUAAAGAAAAAAAACCUGAAAGAUAUUUCUUUUGUCCAGUAUAUCAUGAUACAAUAAAGUGGAACUGGAUGAGA